AAGAAGAAGAAGAAAGGCACGAGGGCGGAAGGGGUAAAACUUUUAUUAUUUUUUUCUUAUUCUCUUCUGGGACUGAAGUGAAGGGCAGGCCGCUGCGCCAGCGCGGAGAGAGCCGAGCGCGACACCAGCCCGCUGCGCGCGGAGGAGCUGGGCCCCGGAGGCCCGAAGGGGCUCCCGGCAUGUGGGACCCCCAGGACUUUGAGCGCCACUGGCAGGCCGAGUUCCCUGGGGAGGAGGCGCCCGUCAUGCGGCUGGACUCGGUGCUGGACAUGGAGCGCGAGCUGGAGCGCAGCAAACUCAACCUGAAGUGGCUGCAACAGGUGCUGGCUGAGGAAAAUUUCAAAGUCGUCUACCUGCAGGCGGCCCUGGAGAAGCGGGACCUCGGCUGCGGACGCCUGGAGGGCGGAGACGGGGACAGCAGGGGGGCCUCGGCUGAGGAGCCGGCCGGGCCGGAGAGGGAGCCGGCGCCGCUCGAGGAGGAGGGCGCAGCGGGCGGCGGCGGAGACCCCCCGGGCCCCUCGCUUCCCUCCAAGGAGGUGGCCGCGAAGGCCGAGAGUCCCCCCUACCUGUGCCGGGACCUUCCCACCUGGCCCAGGGCGGCGGGGGCUGGGGGCGCGGUUCGCAGCUUGACCGCCGCCAUCCACCAGCAGCUACUGCAUCCUCGCCUCCUCUUCAGGCCGCGGGAGGACUCCACGCCCCCCGGCCACGAUGGCACAGUUCCCAGCGCCCCGGGAGAGGAGCGGUCCGCCCGGACCCGCGCGGGGCGGGGCUCGGAGGAGGACGAGCCGGACGCCUCGGGCGCGGACGAUGGGGGCGACAACAGUGACCACGACUUCGAGAUGGUGGAUUUGAACGAGAAACUCACCCUCAGCCAGUUGCUCGUGACCCCUUGCCGGCCCGGGACCUGCGAUGAGGCGGAAAAGCCAGCGCGGGCGUACAGUUCCCAUCGCUGGAUGCACCUGAUCCUCGGGAGCCGGCGGCAGCCGCGCGGGAGCCGCGACUUGGAGCAGCUAGAGGCAGAGGCCAAGGACGGGCGGGGCUCGCCCCCGGCGGCAGAGGAGCUCCCCCAGCGUAGGGCUCGCGAGCCCCUCCCCCCGUGGCGGCGCAAGAGGUUCCUGGGGCUGCCCGAGCGGGACUCGCCCAGUCACAGCUCUCCCGAGAGGGGCAGUGACUGCAGCCACAACAGCUCCGACCACGAGGAUGGCUCCUUUGCAGACUUCAGCUACGGGGCAGACGACUACGACGGAGAGGGGAAUGAAGAGCAGAAGGGGCCCCCGGAGGGCUCGGAGACCAUGCCGUACAUCGAUGAGUCGCCCACCAUGUCGCCCCAGCUCAGUGCCCGGAACCAGGGCGGCGGGGACAGCAUCUCCCCCACCCCACCUGAGGGGCUGGCAGCUGGGGUGGAAGCAGGGAAAGGCCUGGAGAUGAGGAAGCUGGUUCUCUCAGGGUUCCUGGCCAGCGAAGAGAUCUAUAUCAACCAGCUGGAAGCUCUGUUGCUGCCCAUGAAACCCCUGAAGGCCACUGCCACCACCUCCCAGCCCGUGCUCACCAUCCAACAGAUCGAGACCAUCUUCUACAAGAUCCAGGACAUUUAUGAGAUCCACAAGGAGUUCUAUGACAACCUCUGCCCCAAGGUGCAGCAGUGGGACAGCCAGGUCACCAUGGGCCACCUCUUCCAGAAGCUGGCCAGCCAGCUUGGCGUGUACAAAGCGUUUGUGGAUAACUAUAAAGUCGCUCUGGAGACAGCUGAGAAGUGCAGCCAGUCCAACAACCAAUUCCAGAAGAUCUCCGAGGAACUGAAAGUGAAAGGUCCCAAGGACUCCAAGGACAGCCACACAUCAGUCACUAUGGAAGCUCUGCUCUACAAGCCCAUUGACCGAGUAACCAGGAGCACCCUUGUCCUACACGACCUGCUGAAACACACACCUGUGGACCACCCAGACUACCCGCUGCUACAGGAUGCCCUCCGCAUCUCCCAGAACUUCCUGUCCAGCAUCAAUGAGGACAUUGACCCCCGCCGGACUGCAGUCACAACCCCCAAGGGGGAGACGCGGCAGCUGGUGAAGGACGGCUUCCUGGUGGAAGUGUCAGAGGGCUCCCGGAAGCUGCGGCAUGUCUUCCUCUUCACAGACGUCCUACUGUGUGCCAAGCUAAAGAAGACAUCAGCGGGGAAGCACCAGCAAUAUGACUGCAAAUGGUACAUCCCCCUGGCUGACCUAGUGUUUCCAUCCCCUGAGGAGUCUGAGGCCAGUCCCCAGGUGCACCCCUUCCCAGACCAUGAGCUGGAGGACAUGAAAAUGAAGAUCUCUGCCCUUAAGAGUGAAAUCCAGAAGGAGAAAGCCAACAAAGGACAGAGCCGGGCCAUCGAGCGCCUGAAAAAGAAGAUGUUUGAGAAUGAGUUCUUGCUGCUGCUCAAUUCCCCCACAAUCCCAUUUCGGAUCCACAAUCGGAAUGGAAAGAGCUACCUGUUCCUACUGUCCUCAGACUAUGAGAGGUCAGAGUGGAGAGAAGCAAUUCAGAAACUACAGAAGAAAGAUCUCCAGGCCUUUGUCCUGAGCUCAGUGGAGCUCCAGGUGCUCACGGGAUCCUGUUUCAAACUUAGGACUGUACACAACAUUCCUGUCACCAGCAAUAAAGACGACGACGAGUCUCCAGGACUCUAUGGCUUCCUCCAUGUCAUCGUCCACUCUGCCAAGGGGUUUAAACAGUCAGCCAACCUGUACUGUACCCUGGAGGUGGAUUCCUUUGGCUACUUUGUGAGCAAAGCCAAAACCAGGGUGUUCCGGGAUACAACAGAGCCCAAGUGGGACGAGGAGUUCGAGAUUGAGCUGGAGGGGUCUCAGUCCCUGAGGAUCCUGUGCUACGAGAAGUGCUAUGACAAGACCAAGGUCAACAAGGACAACAACGAGAUCGUGGACAAGAUCAUGGGCAAAGGGCAGAUCCAGCUGGAUCCACAAACUGUAGAAACGAAGAACUGGCACACAGAUGUGAUUGAGAUGAAUGGGAUCAAAGUGGAAUUCUCCAUGAAAUUCACCAGCCGAGACAUGAGCCUGAAGAGGACCCCGUCCAAAAAGCAGACCGGCGUCUUCGGUGUGAAGAUCAGCGUGGUGACCAAGCGGGAGCGCUCCAAGGUGCCCUACAUCGUCCGGCAGUGCGUGGAGGAGGUGGAGAAGAGGGGCAUCGAGGAGGUUGGCAUCUACCGGAUAUCAGGCGUGGCCACGGACAUCCAGGCGCUGAAGGCCGUCUUUGAUGCCAAUAACAAGGACAUCCUGCUCAUGCUGAGUGACAUGGACAUCAACGCCAUCGCUGGCACCCUCAAGCUAUACUUCCGGGAGCUGCCCGAGCCCCUCCUCACAGAUCGACUUUACCCAGCCUUCAUGGAGGGCAUCGCCCUGUCAGACCCUGCUGCCAAGGAAAACUGCAUGAUGCACCUGCUCCGCUCCCUGCCAGACCCCAACCUCAUCACCUUCCUCUUCCUGCUGGAACACUUGAAAAGGGUUGCUGAGAAGGAGCCCGUCAACAAGAUGUCCCUUCACAACCUGGCUACUGUGUUUGGCCCCACGUUACUGAGACCCUCAGAAGUGGAGAGCAAAGCACACCUCACGUCGGCUGCCGACAUCUGGUCCCACGAUGUCAUGGCACAGGUCCAGGUCCUCCUCUACUACCUGCAGCACCCCCCCAUUUCCUUCGCAGAACUGAAGCGGAACACACUGUACUUCUCCACCGAUGUGUAGCCCGAGGUGGGAGCGUCUGGCGGGGGGUGGCCCGAGCCAACCUCUCCAGCCGGGGACCCAACCCAGACUUGAAGGACUACAAUAGAGAACUCCCAAACCCAGCGCUCCAGACUCCAAGGGACACAGAUUUCCAAGAACUGGAAGACGUGCAUCUUUUGUGCCACCUUGUACAAAGCCAGCUGACCCGGCCCCAGCCUUGCUGCGCACCCCGGGCUCUGCCCCUCUGUUCCUCUAGUUGUGUCUAAUGCUCCGUGCUGUUUGGGAAUUGUUUUACGUCUACUUGUCAUGCAGGAAAGGUAGUGACCGACCCGGUGCGGGCACACAGACAGCCUGCUUUGUUCUUUCAUUUCCUCCAACACUUUCUUUCCUCCUGAGUCCGGUCCAAGGGCUUUUAUUUUGCGCUCUGUGACUGCUGCCAGCUUCUCCUCUCUUGGCCCUGCCCCCAGAUUGCAGUCUCCUGGCAGCCUCCCCUCGGUCUUCCUCCACCCUCUCCUCCCUCCCAGCCUGCCUGCAUGCAUGUGCAGCCUUGGUUUUUGAUCCCGCGCCUCGAAGGCUCUGAGGCGGCCCUGGGCGGCGGUGGCAGCGGUGGCCCGUGCCGUGCUGCCGCCUGCUGCCCCCGGCCUCUCCUUGCCCUCUGCCUGCGGAAGCGCACCUGCUUGCCUUGCCGCCUGUGCAAAUGUUGGACAAGGAGACAGACUCACACUAAUCCUCAGCUUAGCACAGGCUGGAGAGCGGAUUUCUGGGAUUUUUCCACCUGAGAAUCUCCAUUUCUGGGUUUAUCUGUUCUGUCUCCAGUACCAGUGAGGCAUCUUUGACUGUUUCUUCUGCUUUUCAGUUCCUUUUCCCUUGGUGUUCUAUUUCCUUUGAGUAUAAAGACUCACAAGUGACCUGCUAUCAAGGUAGCCAGAAGGUCAGGAAAGAAUUGCGGGAGGUGGGAGGGUCAGGCCGCCGAGGAAAAAGGAAAGGUGGGACAUUGAGAGGAGCGCCAGGGAGCGCUGGGUGUCCUGGGCUGGGGGGAAAGAGGCUCUCGGCAGCAAGCAGUUGUGGUGGCUUUUCUCGUGGAGCUGGGCUUCUGGGAGGGCAGCUACUACGGCUGAAGCAGGUGUCCAGAAACAGGCAGGUUCUGUCCAGGAGGGCUAGUCCUUCCCGGUGCCUCCCGUACCUCAUGGCACCUUUGCCUUAGGGUUUACACUUUCUCCACAGCCAAGCACUGCCAGGGGCAGCCCCCACGGCCACGUGUGCUCCAGGCCCUGGGAAAGGCAGGCACGGUCCAGCUAGCCAGCCGUCAUGGUGCUGCCUUCCACCCCCGGCUUCUAGACGCAGCCUUGCGGGUGAACGCGGGGAAACUCCCGGAGCUGGGGAAAAAUGAGUCACAGGUACCUGCCUCUCUCGGGACUGGGUUUUGCAGGGGACCCUCGCUGUGGACGCUGUGCUCCAGGGUAGGGGAUCAGCAGGUUCCGAUCCCAACACCGAGGCCCGCUGCUCAGCACUGGAAAGGAGUGAGAAGUACCCCCAAAGUGCAAUUUCUUCCCACCUGAGCAGCGGCCGCCGGCCUCUGGCAGUUAGCCUGGGAGGGCAGACACUCCAGGGCUGCAGAUUGGAGCUGCAGUACACGGCUCCCUGGCUCUCCUGUGUGGCAUAGGCUAGAUUCUAGGCCCUCAGGAUUGGAGAGAAGAGCUCCCCUAGCUUGAGCUCAGAGCUGUUUUAAAGAAGGGUUUAGGGCCCUAAAGCCGUAGCACUUGCUCAGUGAGAGGAAGGGCCCUUUCUCACCUUGUUUACACCUGUUGCCCAAUCAUGGGCAGAACGGUACACAUUCUGUGCACCUCGGAGGAAAGAGAUGCCUAAGAGGAGGGAAAUACUGACCCCCUAGCUGCCUGCUAGCAGCUUAGCAAGGAGCCCCGCUCCCUGAGACGGCAUAGAGAAAGAAGGCCGCUUGGGUCUAAAGAUCCCCAGUGUCUGAUCGUCCCUGGAGUCUGCUCGGCACUCAGGAGCUGGUAUGUGGCAUGGAAGGCUCUUGCUUCCACAGCCAUUGACUGGAAUGAACUGGAGGCCCAGCUAGAGCUAUUUACGGCCCCAAAUGGGUGCCUCCCACCUCCCCAAAACAAGGGAGGUUUGCUUCUCAGCAUCAGGUAGCUACUGCAGCCCCCCAGCCUUACUUAGGCAAUGAGAAUGGGAGGAAGGCCGGAAGGGCUGAGAAAUGCAAAAGGCUCAGAAUAUUUAUAAAUUCCACCCCCAAGAGUGGGGAGGGGCGGGUACCAGACCUGGACUGAGCUGCACCAAGGAAACAGCCCAUGGGUUCUCCUACGAGACAGGGACUGUGCAGCCCAGAAGCCCCAGCUACUGUGCCCAGCAGGGCAGGCUGUGCCAACAGAGGCCCAUCAGACAGGCUACAGGAAUCCUGCAUGCCUGUCCUUGCUGGCAACGGCUGUGGGCUGCCAGUGUUUGCUGAUACAGGUAGGAUGGGACACUUCAUUAAUAUUUGACUUUAAUAAGUUGGUAAGGAUAUAUUUUUCUUUGGUCUAUGUUCUGUUUCAACUUACGUAGAUUAUAAAUUGAUGUAAACCACGUGAGAGGAAAAUGUUAAUAAAAAAAUGCAAAGCCCCAACAUUUGCACACAA